CACGCGAUGCUACCUUUGCGUUUACUGCUACGCUUAAAAUAAUUUACUUUAGCCGGUUAUUCCAUUCUUUAAUGUAAAUCUCAUUGGCGCGAAAUAGUCCCUUUUGUUUUACAACAACAAAAUGGCUGGUGUUAAAUCAUUAGCAGUAAGAGGAAUACGAAGUUUCGGUCCAGAAGAAGUUGAUGAACAACGUAUAAUAUUUGAUAAACCUUUAACUCUCAUAUUGGGACAAAAUGGUUGUGGUAAAACAACCAUUAUUGAGUGUCUGCGUUAUGCUAUCACAGGCCAAAUGCCACCGGGCAGCCGCAAUGAGUGCUUUGUACAUGAUCCUAAAGUUAAUAGGAGCACUGAGGUUAUGGCUCAAGUUAAACUGAAGAUUAUGAAUGCAAAAGAUAAACAACUUGAAGUCUCGAGAUCUAUGAGAGUGACGGCUUUGCAUAAUAAGAAAACAAAAUUUCAGACAUUAGAUUCCUUUUUAUCAAUAGUUGAUGAGGGAGGCAAAACAAAAGAUAUAUCAUCAAGAUGUGCUGAUUUGGAUUUUGUAAUGUUUGAAGAACUUGGUGUCUCAAAAGCUAUCCUGAAUUCUGUUAUAUUUUGUCAUCAAGAAGAUUCCAGUUGGCCUCUUGAUGAGGGGAAAAAGGUAAAGGAAAGAUUUGAUGAAAUUUUUGAUGCAGAUAAAUACAGUGAUUGCUUUGACCGUCUCAAGAAAAUUAGAAAAGAAUAUGCCCAAACCCUUAAAUUGCUUGAGCAAGAAGUAAAGCAUUUAACAGAAAAGAAAGAAGACUUAGAUAAAAGAAAGUUAGAUAUGGUCAACACAGAGUCUAAAAUAUCUGAAAAUGAACUCAAGAUUACAGAAAUGGCUCAAGAACUUAAACCCGUUACAGAAAAAAUAAAAGCUAUUCAGACUUUAGAGAAGAAUUUGGCUACAUUUGAAGCCAAUAAAGAGAAAAUUAAAGCAAGAUUAGAGCACUGUCGAACCCAGGAAGAAGAAUUGAAGAAAACUAUUAAGAAUAUGUUUGAAGGAACUACUGCUGAAUUGCAAGAAAAAAUCGCUAACUAUGCAACAACACAUAAACAAAAGCAAAAGGAACUUGAAGAAUCUUAUAAAAAAAACUCAAGCUUUAAUAAAGAAGAAGAAAAAAUUGCCAAUGAGAAAACCUCCAAUGAAUUGAAAUUAAACAAAUUUAUUUUGCUUGAGGGUCAAAAUCAAGAGAAAAUUGAUAAAAGAAAUAAAAUGCUAGUAGAAACAGCAAAACUCGCUGAAAUUGAUGGUGUAACUGAAGUAGAAACAAAUGAAGAUGCUGAUAAAGUUAUAAAGGAAAUAACAAACAAAAUUAAUAGCUUAAAGCAAGAUCUUAAUGAACUGAAAUCUGUAGCUGAUAGUGAGGAAAAGAAAAUGCAAGUUUUUGUUGACGAAAGUAGGGAUGCACUUUCACGACAUAAACAAAAGAUUUCUGGUAAAGAAUCUGAAAUUAAUAAGAAUAAGAGAGACAUCAAUAAGUUGGAUAGAGACAUAAAUGAUGCCAAUGAAUCAAAAGUUAAAUUGGAAACUUUGGAAUCGAAAAUGAAUGUUGCUGAGGAGGAGUACCAACAGGCAGUGAGCGAACUGAAUCCUGAAGAAGCCCAACAGGAAAUAAAUGAUGAUGAAAAAGCUUUAGAGACACAUGAAAAUGAAAUUGUAGAUUUAGAUGACAAGAUUACAAAAUUACAAAAACACAAUGAAAAGAUGAAAGAAAGGGACAUGAUUGAAGGUACAUUGAAACAAAAAGAGAAACAGUCAUUGGUAUUAAAGAAUAAACACAAGUCGGCAAUAACAGAGCUUCUUGGUAAUAUGCCAGAAAAGGACUUUGCAAUCUCCAUAAAUAAGUAUGAAUAUGACAUACGCAAUGAAGUAGAAACUAUGAAGCAAAAAUUGAAAGAUCAGCAACUAGAGGCAAAAAGCCUAGAAACAGAACGUAAACAUGUACGGGAGACAUUAAAUGAACGUCGCAGCGAACUGACCAAGGCAGAGGACCAAAUAUAUCAAGCUUGUGGUACUCAGUCGUAUACAGCUACAUUAGACAAGAUCACUAACUCGGUGGACAAAUUACAGGAUGAACAAAAUGUUCUUCAAUCUUCAAUUUUCAUUAUUAAUAAAUAUAAAGGACAACUCAAGGACAACAACUGUUGUCCAUUAUGCAGCCGAGGAUUUGAGAAUGAAUCAGAGGUAACCGAUCUGAUAUCACAAAUGACAACACAAGUGAUGAAUGUGCCUGCUAAACUUGAAAAAGUCACUGAAGAGUUGCAAAAAAUAUCUGCUAAGAAGGAUGAAUUGAUAAGCAUGAAAUCUCUGAACGAAAGAAUUAUCACACUAAAGGAAACCGAUAUUCCGCAAUUAGAAAAACGAUUGAAAGACAUUGAGCAGAAAAUAUCAGUUUUAUCUGAAUCAUCGGAAGAGAUAACAAAGAGUUUAAUAGAGCCGGAACAGAAGAUGCAGACGGCUAAAAUCCUUCAAGGUGAAAUGCCGUUGCUUGACAGAUAUAAUCAAGAUAUCAAAUCAAUUUCUAAUAUGUUGGAGACUGCUCAAGCACAAUGUGCAGAUUUAGGAUUUAACAUGACAUUGGAUGAUGCAAAUGCAAAAAAGGUAGAUCUACGGCAAAAAAUUGUUACAAUGAAAGCCCGAAUCAAGAGCAACCAAAGAAAACUAAAUGCACAUAACAAGAAAAUACAAACUAUGGCUGACAAAAAGAACAAAUUGAAGGAGCAGUACCUGAAUGUGCAGAAAAAGGUUCAAGAAAUAGUUAACCUGCAAGAAAAGAAGAAACAAUUAGAGUCGGAUGCACAAAAAUUCGUAGAGGAAUUAAAAGAAUUACAAGAGUCCAUCGCGCCAUUGGAAGUUACUCUCAAGGAAAAAGAAGCUGCUAAAAAUGAAACGGUAAAAAAACACAGAGAUAUUGUAGACACGAAGAAUACCUAUAUAGUAAAAGUGAAUAACGAAUUUGAUAAAGUUAAAACAAUUCUUUCUGAAAUAAAACAACACAAAGAUCGAAACAUUCCCCGUGAGAUGGAGAAGAUAAAGGAAGCUAAUAACAAACUUAUGGAGAAACAAAAACAAAUCAUGAUUGACAGAGAUGUGCUCACCAAAAGAAUAGAUAGUUUGAAAGAUGAAAUUGCCAAACAAGAAAUAUACAAACGUGAUCUGGAUGACAACUCUAAAUUGCGUAAAACCCAAGAAGACAUUGAAAAUUGUCAUAAGGACGAAGUCAAAAAUAACGAGAGGAUGAGCGGUGUGAACAUGGACUCUUUGUCAGAAAAGGAAGCACUGAUUUCUAAGCAAACGAAGCUGUUCCGUGAGAAGGCACAUCUGGAAGGCAGUUUAAAUGAACAACAGGUAAGAUUAAAACAAAUUAAACAAGAAGUUAAGAAACUUGAAAGUAAAGAUAUAGAAAGAAAGUAUAAAGAGAAGUAUUAUGAAUUCAAUGUUACUAAAGUCCUGGAUAAAGACAUCAGGGAUUACUCAGUUGCACUGGAGAAGUGUCUAAUGGAAUUCCACAAAGAGAAAAUGGAAAACAUUAACCUGAUUAUCAGGGAGAUGUGGCGAAAGAUAUACAGAGGAAACGAUAUUGAUUAUAUUGAAAUAAAAACUGAAAGUAGCAUGUCUGCUGAUUCAGAACGUCGCAAAUAUGAUUAUAGAGUUGUGCAAUGUAAAAAUAAUGUGGAAAUCGAUAUGCGUGGUAGAUGCAGUGCGGGACAGAAAGUUUUAGCUUGUCUUAUUAUAAGAUUGGCACUUGCUGAGACAUUCAGCUCCAGAUUUGGAAUCUUAGCCCUGGAUGAGCCAACAACAAAUUUGGACCAAGAGAACAUUAGAAGCCUUUGUGCGGCGCUCGGCGAAAUAGUACAGGAGCGAAUGUCGCAGAAAAAUUUCAUGUUCAUCAUUAUCACACAUGACAGGGAAUUUAUUGAAUCUCUUGGUAACAUCGAUAAAGUCUCCCACUUCUAUGAAGUGUCAAGAAAUGAUGAAGGCAAGUCCAGAAUUAAAAGGAUUCGAUUCUCAUAAGAGUAGUGUUUAAUUACAAAUUUAUAUGGAACAGCCAUUCCUUAGAUAUAUUUUUUCUAGUAUGCGUUAAAUAAGGCUGUGCCUUACAGAAUGAAUACAUUUUAUCUUAAUUAAUCUGUUUUAUGUAAGAAAUUUAUCAUUAAAUUUUUUUUACUCAUGUA